AAGCCUACAUAAAAUGAGAAUGAUUUACGCCUUACAGUUCAGUUACUUGGGGGAAACCCAAACAGACAGUCAGAUUAGCGGUAUAACAGAAAAUAAUUUAAAAGAACAAUUAAAGAAAACCCCAACAAACAUGAGAAUGUUAAGCAUAGUGGGUAUGCUGCAACUCCUCAUCGUUCUGGGAUUCUCACAAGCAUCGCCCCUCAAAGACAGCCAAGAGGACGAUGCCAUACGACAAACCAAUGCUGAAGAGAUACUGCGCUACAUGAAUACAUCUGUGGAUCCUUGCGAGGAUUUCUAUGAAUUCACUUGCGGAAAUUAUGCCAAAUACCAUAAGGCUACCAUGGAAAAUUCCGAAAUCAGUUUAUUGCGUCAAUUGCAUUCCACCAUGAAUGAAAAGUUCAAAUCGUUGCUGCUGACAGCAGAUUCGCCCUCGGACUCGAUGAUAGAGCGACAAGCCAAGACCUUCUAUAGGUCAUGUUUAAAUCUGUACUCAUAA